UUCUUUUUUAUCGAGUUAGAGCAUAUAUGUCCCAAUCGUAAUACUCCUAAGAAAUAUCGGAAGUAGCCUCCGCUUUCAAAAACUCUUUAUCUCCUAUAUAAUAUUUACAAUAUUUGAAGAGUUAGUUUUCUGGUUUAUGGAAACGUGCUUCAACUCAGAUUACGAAAAGUAUAUGUAAUCUUAGAAGUUAUGGUCCUGUGUUCUCUGGACAUAUAGCUACCUACACAGUAGCACAGUCACUAGAUUCACACAGAUUCUUAUUGCUACGUCAUUUGUACUCCGCCACUUCAUCUUUGAUUCGGCAAAUAUUGUGAUAUUCUAGUAUGAAGUUCAGUAUGGCUUCGAUACUAUCUCACGUUCCCAUCGUGAACCGGUUCGUCUCUAAGGAUAAUCAAAGCCGGACGAUUGACAUCCCACCUGUUGAGGUUCACAAUGUGGAGACGGCGCCUGAGAAGCGACCAAGAACACUGAAGCACCUAUUGAAGGCAAAUCAUGUAAACCACGCUAUCCUUUACCACAGCUUGGAGUUUCACAAUCAUAUGCCACAUAUCCUUGGCUCUGCUUAUCUUCUUGGAGCAGACGUUGACCAUCUGCAUAAAAUCUACGAUGUGGAAGCUAAAGAACUCGAGCCGUGGACACCGUCCCCGGCCGAGAUAACCCAGGAUGACUGGAAAGACUUCCUUGGGGAUCCAGACUACCAACGAGCCUACGUCGACUUCUUCGAAGACGCCCUAGCGUUGAGGCACAACUACCAAUGGAAAGGCGUCGUGGAUGAAUAUUUGUAUGAAGGAAAAGAACCGUUGAUCAACUGUCUUUUCGGAGGCCUCGGUCAUCCUCUCAUUCACUUGGCAUAUGCUUAUGAGGUAGAUAGCCGCGAAGUUGCCAUGGAGGCUCUCGGUAUGGCCGCCACGCAGUACAAUUUCCUUCAUAAGUACAUUGACGACCCUUCGUAUUCGAAGCCUUCUCCGAUUAAGUCGUCUUCGCCAUUGGAACUAUUUCACAAACUGGCAAGCGACAAUCGCCUAAAUGGGUUAUUCAAGACGCCCGGAGCCGAGAAUAUGGAGCGACUAUUCAUCGACCACGAGAACAUUGUGCUUGAGUACUGGAACGCGUGGAGUCUUGAUGACCCAGUCAAAGAUUUCGAAUUGUCUCAAGAGGCAGCUGUUGCUGUCGUAAUCGCGACAGUUCCAAAUGGAACCCAUGCGUACAACUUCUAUUUAUGCCAUAUACUCACGACGAGCCAUGCCGUCAGAAUUCUGCUUCCGUUCAUACCACCCGAGCAUCGCAUCAACCUAGUCAGGCAAUGGUGGUUGUUUGCAAUUGCUGUCUACAUUGUUGUAUUUCGCCCGAAAAUCGAUCCUGAUUAUAUCGGGGAUGGUGGCCAGAAGCAAUGGGACUAUGUGGAAGAGAAGGCAUUGGAUGGUUCAUUUGCUACCGAUGCUCACUUCGUCAAAGUUGUCCGUGCAAUCAAGGAAGCGGCCCGGACUUGGGGAGACGUGCACAAUCGAUAUUUGAAUUCCGCGGUACGAUUCGUCGACGAUUUUCAAGGUUGGGUAUUUUCUUGAGAACCUAGGUACAGUUGAUGGCUCUAGACAUUGCGAUUGUCGACUUCAUGAAUUAUGACAUAGUCAGGUCAAAAAGUGAAAGGUCUCUUUAUGAUGAAUGGAUGUAUACUAGUUCGGAGUUUUCACAUGUGGCGCUUAAGGAUUAUGUGACAGAAUGACCCGGAAAAGGAUGAGAAUGGAAAAUUGAAAUUGCUGGAUUCAAUAUCAAUAACAAUAAUGAUCAAAUGUUACUUCUGAUAUCAAUUGAUGCAUAUAAUAUCUCAAAUGAGAUUGAAAUAUGACUUCAACUAAGAUAAAAAUACUUUGGUACAGCAACUUGUUAGUAUGCGAGUUUAAUUGAUCACAUGAUGUCGCAUCUCCAAUUAUGGUGGCUUGGAUCCCGCAAGACGCGCCUACCCCAGGACUUGUGCC